AAAGAAACAUCUCUCUCCUCUCCUCUCCUCUCCCUCCUCAUCUCCUUUGCUCCCCUGCCCAUACCAUAGGAGAGAAGUUAGAAGAGGAUGGAGAUGAGGCGUUCAUGGAUGUGCCUUGCCGUCUGAUCAGCCACCGACAUGAGACGUGCUGCCCGGUGGACGAGGUCAGCAACCGCAGGAGCAGCACAUCCACGGCGCCGCCAUGGUCCCAACCACUAGGAAUCACCUGGCGCAGCACCAUGAACCCAGCGGCAAGAACAGCAAGCCGCCGCCAUCGUACUACUCCGGAUACCACAUCGCCUCCCAGCUGGAGGCUGCCUCGGCGGCCGCUCACGGCGUCGACGACCUCAAGCUGCAUCCGUCCAGGUUCCCUCGUCGGCUAGCCAUGGCCGGCGACGACAACGCCGAGGAGGAGGCGGCGGCCGGCACGAGCUCCCGGGGCGGCGGAGGGGAUUACGAGGACGGCGGCAACAAGGACUGGCUCCGGCUGGGUCUCGGUGCCGUGGCGUCGUCCUCGUCGACCACCACAUCCUCCUCCUCCGCUGGCGGCGACAACGACGGCGCCAGGGCUGCCCCGAUGGAGCUGGACCUAUUAGCCAGCGGCGACGGCAAGGAAAGCGCGAGGAUGAUGACCCGGCCGCCGCUGUUCCCGCUGCCCAUCAGGAGCUAUCACCACCAGUACGGCCACGGCCGGUAUCGGCCGACGACGGCGGCGAGCGGGUCCAUGACGCCGGCGCCGCCGUUCUUGCAGUUCGCGCGGCCGCUGAGGAGCUGCUCCGCCGAUAUCUUGAGAGUCGUCAGCCCACCGACAAGAACGGAGGCCGCCGGCUUGUGGCUAACACUUCAGGCAGCUCCCAACCAAGUUAAAGAGCCCAUUUUGCCUCAGAUACCAAAGAGCUACCUAAGAAUCAGGGAUACCAGCAUGAAGGUGGAAGUGGUGCUAAAGUACUUGGCGGAGAAGCUAGGACUCUCACAAUCUCAUCAGGUGGAGCUGACAUGCCGAGGGCAUCUCCUUCCUCCCUUCUUGCAGAUGAGAUACGUGAGGGACUGCAUCUGGCGCGGCUCACCGGCGCCGAGCCAAGAGGAGGAGGCCGGGCUGCCAUGUCGGCACUCACCGGCCACAACUACCACUGACCAUGUCAUGAUACUCUUUUAUAGCAUAAGUGUAGGGAACCACUAGUUAGCUGAUCAACCAAAUCCCUCCCUUGUGAUUAUAAUUAAUCAAACAAGUUAUUUGAUUCAUUUUUCCUGGUACUUCCUACGUGUCUCUAAUCUUCCGCUGUUGUCGCUAACUUACGCUUAAUUGGUCCCAGAAUAACCAACCAAUUAGCCAUGAA